AUGGUGACCACAACCCGAUCCAAGUGCGUAUCCAUGGAUGGAUUAACGCAAAGUCUUUCUGAUCUUAGCACACUACAAGCAAAAGUAGGCGAAUUACGCCUUACUUCCGAAGGCACGUGGCUCUAUCUACUUCACGUAACCUGUGGUCGUGGCCGUUGGCAGGUAGCUAAACGCUAUAGUGAAAUUCGCGAGCUAUGGCUUGAGCUGAGCAAGACACUUGGUGAUAACAACGCUCAAAUCUCGUGCACUGAACACAGCCAUUUUCUUGCUGGACUUGAACAGGACAAGUUUCCCAAGAAGCACCUGCUACUAACGCAGCACAAGCUUGAGGCGCGCGCCAGUAAACUCGAUCAGUUUUUUCUCAAGCUUGCAAUGCGUCUUAAUCUAUGCAAGCCUCACGAAUUACUGAAGUGUCGUAUGCGUGGAUGUGCACUUUUGAAGCUCAUUGCGAGCUUUUUUGAUGAAAAUGCCGAACAAACCAAGAAAUGCGCCUCAACGGGCAUUUUACGAAGCAUUUCGAUGCAGCGUGAGGUACAGCGUCACAAUCAGCAGUUUACAAAGAAGAGACGUGGUAGUAUUGGUAUGGGCAUCAAUCACUGCUUUUCGUUUGGUUUUCAGCAACAGCAUAACGCUGUUGCUGGAUUUGCUCAGUGA